AAUUUUGUUCUUGCUUUUUGAUCUUUCUUUUUAGGCUUCUUUAAGCCAGACAUAAUAUUGAUAGAAUGAAAAAGUUUAAGAGGAGACUUUCCUUAACCUUGCGUGGAAGUCAGACCAUUGAUGAGUCGCUGUCUGAGCUAGCAGAACAAAUGACAAUUGAAGAAAACAGCAGCAAAGAUAAUGGUGUGAGUAAUAAUGGAAGGAUCAGCUACAGUAAAGUGCAGCCUAUUGUGAAGAAUGGCAGGCCUCCAACGUCUCACAGUAUGCACUCAUUUCUCCACCAAUACACAGGAUCUUUCAAGAAGCCCCCCUUACGAAGACCACAUAGCGUCAUAGGGGGCAGCCUCGGCUCUUUCAUGGCAAUGCCCAGAAAUGGGAGCAGACUAGAUAUUGUUCACGAAAAUCUGAAAAUGGGGUCAGAUGGUGAAAGUGACCAAGCUUCUGGAACAUCAUCUGAUGAAGUUCAGUCUCCCACGGGUGUUUGUCUCAGAAACCGAAUACAUAGGCGAAUCUCAAUGGAGGAUUUGAACAAGCGUUUGUCCCUGCCUGCUGAUAUCAGGAUACCCGAUGGCUAUCUUGAAAAGUUACAGAUUAACAGCCCGCCGUUUGAUCAGCCCAUGAGCAGACGAUCUCGUAGAGCAUCUCUAUCAGAAAUUGGAUUUGGAAAAAUGGAAACCUAUAUCAAGUUAGAAAAACUUGGAGAGGGUACUUAUGCAACAGUUUAUAAGGGGAGAAGUAAAUUGACAGAGAACCUGGUGGCUCUGAAAGAAAUUCGCUUGGAGCACGAAGAGGGAGCGCCUUGUACAGCCAUAAGAGAAGUGUCAUUAUUAAAAGACCUGAAGCAUGCGAACAUUGUUACGUUACAUGACAUUGUUCACACAGACAAGUCUUUGACUCUUGUUUUCGAAUAUCUGGACAAGGAUCUGAAGCAGUACAUGGAUGACUGUGGUAACAUCAUGAGUAUGCACAAUGUAAAACUAUUUUUAUACCAAAUUCUUCGUGGUUUGGCAUACUGUCAUAGGAGAAAGGUGCUACAUCGAGAUCUGAAGCCACAAAAUCUACUAAUUAAUGAGAAAGGAGAACUGAAGCUAGCAGACUUUGGAUUGGCUAGAGCAAAAUCUGUUCCUACGAAGACCUAUUCCAAUGAAGUUGUCACGUUAUGGUACAGACCACCUGAUGUUCUCCUCGGAUCUUCAGAGUAUUCAACUCAAAUUGACAUGUGGGGUGUUGGAUGCAUAUUUUUUGAAAUGGCAUCAGGAAGGCCUCUCUUCCCGGGUUCAACUGUUGAAGAUGAACUGCACUUAAUUUUCAGGCUUCUGGGAACCCCAUGUCAAGAAACAUGGCCAGGCAUUUCUUCCAGUGAUGAAUUUAGAAACUACAACUUUCCCAAAUAUAAACCACAACCCCUUAUCAACCAUGCACCAAGGCUAGACACUGAAGGGAUUGAAUUGAUAGCAAAGUUCCUUCAAUAUGAAUCAAAGAAGAGAAUUUCGGCAGAAGAGGCCAUGAAACAUGCAUACUUCAGGAGUCUUGGAACAAGGAUACACACUUUGCCUGAAAGUGUUUCAAUAUUCAGUCUAAAAGAGAUUCAGCUACAGAAAGACCCUGGCUUUCGAAAUUCCACUUACCCAGAGACAGGACAUGGGAAGAACAGAAGGCAGAGCAUGCUUUUUUAAAGUGGGCAGUCCAGAGUCAAGCCCAAGCCUAUCCUCUCAAUCAAGGACUUGGAUCUGAAGGCAGUGCUCUCUUUUGGUGGACUUGGAAUCGCAGUUUGUCUACACUGUCCUCUUCACAGUGGAGUCUUUUUAUUUCCAACCUGCAGAUUAUGUUUUUAUAUUUGUUGUCACAGUGUGACAAUUUUUUGUACAGUUGGUUUUAAGGUCUCCUCUGCCACUAGAGCCAGUAGGUUACAGCUGUUGAUGUAACUGUAGCUGCAAUUUUUGUGCAGGACUGAGAAACACAGUGCAUUAUUUAUUGCGGAAUCAUUGCUGCUAAAUAACUACUGUCUGUAUAGUUAACACAACAGUUCCAUGCCUGAAGAAGUUGCAGUGGCUUUAUAAUAUGUGAAUGCAUCUGUUUCUCUUCAUAAAAUGUUCUACUGCUGCGGGGUUUUUUUGUAUUUCGUAAACUGCAGUGUUUCCUGGAAUGUAAGCAUAGCUUUGCUUGGCUAUAGGUGAACCAUCUUUAAUGCUCUGAGUUCAUGGCACUUAAUUCCUUAUUUAACAUUGAAAGUAUGUGUUGAAAUAGUUAAAAAAUUAUAAUGCAUAUUAUGUUUUUGAAAAGCACAUGGUGUGAAAGUUGAUUCAAACAAGUGAAAAGUAACUGUUAUUUGCUCUCAGAUCCUAUACUAGUUAUUGAUGAAUUAGAGCAUGGAGACUGGAUGAUAAAUUUUGUCAGGCUUACUCCAGCAUAAGAUAUUUGCACGUUGUUGUGCAUAUUGGGCCUGGCAGAAGCAAUGACUUGCAGAAGCAAUGACUUUUUUUACCUUGUUUUUAACUUAGGAAUACAAAUAGUAGAAAAAAAAAAAAGAAAAAAAAAAAAGAAAAAAAAAAAAGAUUCAUACAUGUUGGACCCUGACUUACUUUUGAAAUUUUGAAUCUUUUCAUUACAGAGGAACGGGACGACUAAUUACAAGAAUAUGGGAAUAAUGUGAUGUUUUCCCACCUCGUUUCUCUCCCAUUUGUGCAUUAUUCACUUGAAAUCAACUGGAAAGAUGCAAGUUUGUACUUGAUAAGAACUCACUAUGCUAGAAAAACCUUUAAAAUGGGAACUUAGAGAGUUUUUCAGAUCUUAGGUGUUAUCUGUUUACCAGAGAUAGUAAACAUGUUACUACUAUGCUUAUGCAUCUCAGUGAGUAUCAUAAGUACACCCUUGGUGAUGGUUACAGUAUUUUUAAGCAUUUGUGUUCACCUUUAUGAACCUAUUUGUUUAGUGCAUCUUAAAGAGACUGUAAAUCUUUAUUGGUAUAUUUUGAAAUGGUCAUGUAAAUCUUUGGCUGGUAUAUCAUGAAAAUAGUCAUAGGUAACUUAAUUUUUCCUGACAUUCACUGUAAAACAUUCAGGGGUCCUACCAUUUCUGUUCAGGAAAUCUUGUAGUUUAUUGUUAUUUAACAGUAUUAAGUGAAUUUUUGUAUAUUUCAUUUUAACUUUAUUUGUGAAUAGUGAUCGUGGCAUGUUUGGGGGUGUUUUAUUAAUAUUUCAUCGAUACUGGUAAAUUUGAAUUGGGAUUUUCUUUUUUUAUUUUCUGAAAGAGAGGAAUUCACGUGUAAUGGUGACUAUUGGACCACUACUGCUUUUCAGCAUUUGUAAACCGGUUUUACGUUAAAUCUUGUAGACCUAACAAACUGCUGUUAUUUCUAACUGACCGACCUGUAUUAAUAUUGUACUUUUGAAAGUAUAAAUAUUAUGUGGAAUUCUUUGGUUUUGUUUUGAAAUUUAUGAUAACAAAGGCCCUGUGUUGUUAAAAAUACAGACUAAGUGAACUUGCAGUUCCUGGGGCAUUGUUGGAAACUUAGCUAGAUCCAUGUGCUUUGGGAGUCAGCGGUUUAACUUGAGCUGCUUACGAAUUCUUGCAACAAAGAAGUAGUGGCAGUGAAGGUGGCAUGACUCACCUGCAAUCGAGGCUGUUCAGGAUCGUACCAUAAUCAUGGUCCAUAGUCUAAUUACGAGCAGUCAAGUCCUGCAUGUCACCUGGGUUCGUAAGUCUUGCCUAGCUCUAGGGAGGUGAUACGUGUCUGGGAUACAUGGAUUGGUCUCGCUGAUAGCAGUGGGAGCAUCGUGUGUGUGUGUGUCAGAGGCAGAUUUGGCACCAAUGAGAAACCUUUGUCCUGAAAUAGUUGUUAAUAUAUUUUUUAUAGUUGAUACGGAUCUGAUCUAGAUUUUAUACUGAUUAACUUUGUAGGAGAUACGCUGUAGAUGUGAUGGUGUUGAAGGAAGAAGUAUCUGAAAAACAGCUUUUUUUUUCUACAGAAGUAGUGACGAUAUAGAGUUAAUGUUCAUUGUGAAUAAAUGUGGGGUUUAGCAUUUCUAGAACACAAUAAUAUUUUCUAGGUCAUAAAAGAACAAUGAUAAUGUGAUGCUAAUGAGUAAAGGACUUAAAGGUUUAACUGGUAAAAUGAAGUGCAUUAACAAAUUUGGAAGGGGAUCAGCUGCAGCUAACAGAAGGAGGUGUCCAUUUUAAGUAGGCAUUCGGGUUUGUUGUUACAGGUGAAAAGGUAUUCCAUAAAAUUAGAGCAUUCUGCAUACGUAGAGAUUUUUCAAAGGACCUACAAGUGAAUUGGUUUGCUUCAUUGGGAGGUAGCUUUAAAGAAUGCAACUUGGCAUCUGCGGACAAGCCAGUUUUGUUGGAGUCUUUUUUUUUUUUGGGUCCAUAAUUCCUGCAUCAACAGAGACAAUUGAGUGGCAGAUGCCCGUUUGGGGCAAUAGUGAGUGAGUCUGAAGUCACUGGGCACUUCUCUGACGUUGUUUUGGUGUAAUUCAGCAUUCUGUCACCUGUCUGACAGCAUCAGGCACUGCAGGCUUGGUUUCACUGUCGCUGGGAAUGCAGGGAGUCCUGAUCAUUUGGGGACAACCUCAGCCACGAUGAAAACCAGGCAGAUGCUCUGUAAAAGUAGUUGACUGUUAAGAUCUGGGGUGUCAUCCCCUGCCUGAAGAUGGGUGAUCAGUUAAGGAGAAAUGGCCUGCAAGUUGUCGCUGAUCUAAAAUAAUUAUCUGUAGAAGAUACCCGUUGUAUCCCAUCUACCCAGAGGUAGAAAGGGUGAGGUGCGUGUGUAGGAAGAAGGUGGCUUUGGAGACCAGAAAGAAGCAGGUGGUAGGAGGUUGUGUGCUCAUGGCAGGUGAGGGCUGAAGGGGAGAAAGGGUGGGUGGAGGAUGGGGAUUUAUAGGCUGGGAAAGAGUGAGAAAUGGAAGGGAACAACCCAGCUGCACGGCAAUGCUCUAGUGAAACAUGCAUCUCAGCACAGCUGUGUUAUUUUUGUGCUGCUUUACCACAGCAUUAAGUAGCCAGAGUGUAUCCCUGAAUUGGGCAAU